AUGCUCAACGACUGGUCGAUGUUGUCCGGUUCUUUUGCAAAUCCACUGUAUUUCUUCGCAACCAAUACUACCAAUGUCACACAAGCGGAGAUGUGGGUCCGUCUCCCUGACAUCCUCGAAUUCUUCUUCGUUGCUCAUCCUUCAUCGGGGCGACGGGAAGGCGAGGAACAUCAGCGCAUUAUGUAUUUCUAUCCGAAAGGGGAGACCUUAGAUCGUCAGGCAGAGAUUACUGGAUUUGCGGAAGCCGUUGUCAAUUUUACGGACAAUUUCGUAAGCCCUCAAGAGCAGGCAGAGAAACCUGAAUUUCCUUUUCGAACUGUAUCCACGCAGAAGUCAGAGCAUGUCUACAUACAAGUGGAAGAUUGCGAGUUUCUUAUUGGCCUUGCGCUUUCUAAUACGCUGCAGUUGAAGUAUUCUGUCUUUCUACCUGCAAUCCAAAACGUUUUAACAGACGUCUACAAGAUGUUUCGCCUUUUCUUUCGGAGAAUUCAGAAGAGAAACGAGCAAAAGUUCAAGGAACGCCUUGAGUAUUUUCUGGGUCGUUACCUUCCUCUGCUAAAACUACACAGGAUGCCAUUGUUGGAUUAUUUGAAUGGAGCAGCAUUUCUGAAAAUUAAUGGGCCCACAUACUUAAACGUGGUAUCAAUGUCAUCCGAACUGAUGGAAGAGUUUCCAGUGAUACAGAAGAUUCUCAUCUUGUAUCAGGAUAAAGUGCUAUACUAUUCUCUAUCUCGACGUGAUCUCCCAUCUUUAUUCCGUUAUCUCACUCAAAGUCUCCUGCCGAUGACCAUUGGGGAUGAAUUAGACUACCAGUCCCGUUCAACACAAGGUCGUUUCUUGCGAGGACCGUCCGACCUCUCAACAGAUGCGCCGUUAAUUGGAGAUGAUGCUCUUCCAACAGUUCAUCUUUUCAAUGCUGUCGACGACGAAGAUAACGAGGAACUCGUCAAGUACAAUAUGAUGGUGUAUCGCUGCUUAAAUGCUACAGUCUGCAUGUUUACUAAUCAAGAAGUUACCAGAUUGUUGCUGAGAAAUAUUGAUGGGUAUCUAGCCAGCGAAUUAAGUAAAGUUGCUUCGCAAAUAGGAGAUUGCAUCGGUGCACAAAAUCCUGAUGUCCUAUCAACGCCUGACUUUCACUAUGUUUAUUUCAAUCCAGCCUCGUUAAGCCUUACGUCGUCAUUCACAGAAUCGCGAGAUACUCCAAAGCCAGCUCUACCUCCUCCUGAAGUUAGCAGGUUGGUGUGCAAUUCGCUCACCAGUUUCCUCCCUGAUGCGGACGAAUUUGGGGAAUGCUUUGCUAAAUCGGAGUCAGAUUGGUGGAUAGUCUUGAAAAAGGUGAAUUCACGUUUGCUCUGUCUUCUUCUACCGCCUUCGUCCAAUCAACAGUCACUUGCCGAUAUUCAAUCAAGGACUCUCGGAAUAAUCAAAACUCAUUUUGAAGCAAUCUUCUUGAACUAG